GUCGUCGCGAUUAUCGGAACGCUCCUCGAUGUUUGGUGUGCGGUGAGUCGGUUUUAUUGACGGACGACGGACGAACGACUGACGAGCGGAGCGUGGGUCCUCACGCAUACAUUUUUUUUCAUUUCCUCGCGUCUUCCCGAAAGCGAGGAAUUUCUUCAAAAAGGUGAGAGACGAGCGGUACAGACAACGUCCGUAUUUAAAACCUGUAACAAUGACGGCGGUCACCGCUCUUCCGUCGUCUCUACCAAUAAUCCAAGUUGUCAAUGAAGCGAAUCUCAGUAAAAUCGAAAGCUUUCUUAAUGACACGGCGUACAGAGAAGCUAUCGAAAACUCCUCGAAUUACAACACCAGAUUGUGUCGAGAACGGAGGUUACGAAUGCCUUUUCUCGACUCGCAAACAGGUGUAGCACAAAAUCAUUCUGCCUUGUUCAUGUCGGCCAGAGAAAGGUUACCAGGCUUGUUACAUGGUCAAAUAUAUACAUAUCCUAGUAAAAGAUGGCGAAAAAAAAGACGUCAGUAUUUAAUGCACUAUCUUCAUCCAAAACGAACGAGAGGCGACAUAGAAGACGGCAUAGAGGGAAUCGAAGGAAGCAUCGCUGGUAUCAACGACGACAGCAAAGAUUCUGUUGCAUUGAAAGACGAGCAUAGUAAAGAUGGCUGGUUUUACGACGAGCAAGACAUGUUAGACAUGGAUGCCUUUGAGGAGCCUGAUCCGGACAGCGACUAUGAUUAUGAGGAGAGUUACAGCGCUAAACGAAAGCGAAGAAGACCACGAGGGGGUGGUCAUCAUCCAGCCAGAAGUCACCCACCCACAACCGACAGUCCAGGACCUAAACGUGCCAAGGGUGGGGGCCGUGGUCGGAAAAAAACCAACUACGAUGUCACCGACUCCGAUAAGCCAUUCGUGUGUGACCUAUGCAGCGCACGGUAUAAAACCAGACCUGGUCUGGUCUACCAUUACGGUCAUUCCCACUCUACUUCCUCCGGUGAUCCUGCUAAGGAACUAAGUCCCAGUCCUGCCGAUGUUGAAUCACGGAGCGUUGCAGACACCGCUGCUUCGGACCAGCCAGGUGGUACACGUCGUGGUCGACAGAGCACUGCUUCCUCGAGUACCUCGACCCCCUCUCCCGCGCCACCAACGACUACAAUAUCGUCGGUUGGUGCUACGGUACAACCCCAGCAACAACAACAGCAACAACAACAACAGUUGCCCCCUGUACAGACUUGCGCUCCUCCAGCUUCGCCUAAUGUCUCAGCUACCAAGGACGACCAACUAAAUCCUGCUGGAUCACCGACCGGUGGUGGUUUAUCCGUGUCCCCGACGUCCCUGAGGCCCGAUGGUACGCCAGCGAGUUCGAGCACGACUGCGUCUUCAUCGACAACCAAUCCCGCGACAACGACCUCGACAACGACAACCUCGUCGACACCAACCGCCACGACCAACGACAAAAAGACCGGAAAAGCUGCAGCUCCGUCACCCUAUUGCGAUUUCUGUCUCGGGGAUACUCGAGAGAAUAAGAAAACCGGUGGCUCCGAGGAAUUGGUAUCUUGCAGUGAUUGUGGCCGUUCAGGGCAUCCAACUUGUUUGCAGUUCACUGCGAACAUGAUCGUUUCUGUCCGCAAGUACAGGUGGCAAUGUAUCGAAUGCAAAUGUUGCUCAAUUUGUGGAACUUCGGAUAAUGACGAUCAGUUGCUGUUCUGUGAUGACUGUGAUCGUGGAUACCACAUGUAUUGUCUGUCUCCGCCUCUUGCAUCUCCUCCCGAGGGUUCCUGGUCGUGUCGCCUCUGCCUAGCAGAAUUUCAUCGACACGAUUGAGUGUGCGUUAGCGCUGAUUAAAUCCUGGAUCAAUUACGACAUGGCGUGUCAAAAGCAGCUAUUAUAAUCUCUUUAUUUUUUAUUUUUUCAACAUUUUUCGAAAUAGUAUGCUUGUUCGUAAUUUACUCGCGGAAUAUUUUCUCUCUCUCUCUCUCUCCUCUCUCCCCCCCCCUCUCUCUUUCUCUCCCAUACUCGUGUGGAGCACACUCGAAGGUUUUUAAAUUUAAUUCUGUAUUUUUUCUCUCUUUUAAACGUAAGACAAAGUGUCGUUCGGACAACUUAGUGAUUGUGUUUCUUUUAACAAUCGAAUGAUUUUUACUCUCUGAAAAGGUGAAUAAAAUAAUAAGAUAGAAUUUUGAAAAUAUUGCAACAAAAGUAAAUGCCUUUGCGACAAGCUGAAUUUUUGACGUCUCAGGCGCUGCUGAUCUCAGACUUACAACUGUAACGUCUAUCAUCCUUGAUAUUGUACAGAUUUUUAUAACGAACUUCCUUAGAUAGAUUUGCGCGACAUUUUUGCCGGGCCCCGUGAAAACAAUUGAGACGAAAAAGGAUAAAACACAUACGGGCUUUCUUCCCAGCGAAGAAAGUCGCAAAAAAUUAUUUCUCAACUUUUUGUUUUUGCUUUCAUCUACUCUCUCAUACAGAAUAAAUUCUGUAGCCAUAAUAAUAGGAGACUGAUUCGCCAAACAACUGAACAACAAAACAGAUUGCUCUAUAAAACGACGUGAGAAUAUUCGUGAGGGAAUAAUGAUAAAAUUAAUGAAAAUAGUCGCGAAAGAUUUAUUCCGAUACUGUGAAUCUGUCAGAAUGAAUGAAAUUAAUGAUAGGCACGACAAUAUUUCCCGCUCAAACGUUUCCGUCUUUUUGUUAAAUCUUUCUCUCUCUCUUUCUUUCAUUCCGUUCUACAUCCGAACUGUGAAUAUUGCGAAUUUUGAAUGAAUCUUAUUUUUGCCUGAUACUAAACAAAAAUUCAUGACCUCCGCAAUUUGCCAAAUGUACUUUUCGCUCGCCAACCAUUAUCGGCGAGUUAUUUUUUCCUCGACGAUGAGAUAUCUCACUCUAUAUUAUUUUUAUAAACAAUAGACAGGAUCUGAAAUGUUUCACAAUGCUGUCACCCGAGAAACUCGUGUAUAACGAUCAUAUUUACAAGCCGUUUCUCGUAUUUGAGGCAGGGAGAAAGAGACGAACAACAGAAUAAGCAAAGAAAAAAAAAAAGAAAAAUGAUCCGAUAAAAAAUUGAAUAAACACGAAGCCUCCGAAGAAGGCCUCUUUCCUGGGUGCUAAACUGAAAUACAAGAAAAAAAUAUUAAUAAAGGUUAAAUAUAUUGAAAAAGAAAAAAAAGAACAAUGAUGAAUCGACAUUAUAAGGAAAAGCCAUAAUACUGAUAAUACUUGCUGUCUCACGAAGUAACACAAAACGUAACGAAAAAAAAAAGCGAAGCAUAGAUAGAAAUUUAUCCGUUCAUCUGUAUUUAUCAUGAUAUUCAAAAAGCUUUCGGACUUAACGAGAAAAAUAUGAAUAAAGGUAAAGAAAUGAAUAAUAAAAUGCAGAGAGUUACGAAAUAAAAGAAUUAAAGUGGUAGCUGCGUAAAUGUAAAACGUGUUUCAUCGAUUCAACAGAUGGCAAGAAAAUGAUAUAUUACCAUUCAAUGUCUUUGGUUGUUGAACUCAGUAUUUUUUUUCUCUCUUCGUAUUUUAUAUGAAAAAAAAAGAAAAGAAAAGAAAAAAAAACAGUAACUAAAAAGGAAGGAGAAAGGUAAUCAAUGAGUGUACUUAAUUUCACAGAAACUGUGCUUUGAUCAUCGUUACUCGAUAUUAUGAAUUCCGUAUGAAAAAUGUGUCACUUUUCCCAUUCCUACCCCGUUUAAUGUUCGAAAAAAAAAUGUUUUCUUCGCCCCCCGCCCCGCCCCGCCCCCUCCUUCGCCGCUCUAUCUCCUGUUUUCUUUUUCAUAUAAUCUUACAAAAGUACCGAUAACGAGACGAACGCAUGGAACUGUACAUUAAUAGUCAUCGAAAUCAUGUAGCAUAUACAUACAUUUAUUUAUAUAUAUUUAUCGACAUAUAUUUAUAUAUAUAAAUAGAAGUCUAUAUAUAUAUAUAGAUAUAUAAACGAUAAUUGUUUUUAAGUUGAGUUUAAAGUGAGCCCCGAGAUUCAAUUUUUAUACCGCUUAUUUUCAACACGAUGUAUGCAAAUGAGAAAACAAAAAUAAAUAUUAGUUUCUGAAAAAUC